UGAACAAACUAUAAAAAUCUUCCGAUGAGCUGUUCAGUAAAUGUUCUUUAUUAAUCUGAUUAUCAGUCAGUUUGACUUCAAAAUUGGUUCAUUUCCAAGAAAUAAGAUGUGCGAUGAAUUCUGCAAGAAGGGAGGAAGAUACUCUUAAAUCAUGAAAACCGUCAUUGCGCGCAACAGAGAGAGAGAGAGAGAGAGAGAGAGAGAGAGAAAUUUUCAGAGGCGGCUGAGAGCUUAAACCGCCCAGGAACAUUUAUCCAGCCAACUGUCUCAUCCGGGUCUUCUUCCUCCUCUGGGUUUAGAGUUGACUUUCUUCUGCGCUUCUUGGAGCGGCAGCAGCAACACAUGCCUGCCUGCGUAGCGGAGCCGCGGCUGUGAUUCAGAGCGCAGCUCCGUCUCCAUCACCGGCUCACCAGGAGGAUGUCCGCCCCGCCGCUCAACAAGUCCCCGCUGUUUUUCCCCCGUUAACCGUUGAUGGCGGCGGAAUGGAGAUAGCCUUGGUGAGUUUUGAGAACGGCGGCGCUAAGGGGAGCGGCGGCGGCGGAGGAGGCGGCGGCAAUGCCGAAGAGAGCUGCCGGAACGCACUGGAGGUCCCUCAGCCGGGGUUUGUUCAAAGUGGACUGGGAGAGGAGUUCGGUAAGGAGCUGAACACCCGGGGGAGUCCCCAGCAGCAGCAGCACCACCAGCAGCAGCAGCAGCGCAGCCCCUGGAAGAUCAACGACAUGAAUAACACUCUGAGCUGCAGCGAGAACGCCAUGGAUGCGCUUUUACGCGCGGACCACAGUCCCCACCUGUUCGACGAGGACAUGCUGGACAUGGACAUGGACACCGAGAGCAACGAGAGGGUCCUCAUCAACAUCGCCGGACUUCGGUAUGAAACCCAGCUGGGUACCCUCAACCAGUUCCCGGACACUUUACUGGGAGACCCGGCCAAGAGAAUCAAGUACUUCGACCCUCUCCGGAACGAGUACUUCUUCGACCGUAACAGACCCAGCUUCGACGGGAUCCUCUACUUCUACCAGUCCGGUGGGAAGAUCCGUAGACCCGUGAACGUCUCGAUCGAUGUGUUCGCGGAUGAGAUCCGGUUCUACCAGCUGGGAGAAGAGGCCAUGGAGCGGUUCCGAGAGGAUGAAGGGUUCAUCAAGGAGGAGGAGAAGCCGCUGCCGCAGAACGAGUUCCAAAAGCAGGUUUGGCUCAUCUUCGAGUACCCGGAGAGCUCCAGCCCGGCGCGGGGCAUCGCCAUCGUUUCCGUGAUCGUUAUCACCAUCUCCAUCAUCACCUUCUGCCUGGAGACGCUGCCGGAGUUCCGGGACGAGCGGGAGCUGGCGGUCAGCAGCCGGCUGGACAACAGCACCGUGCCUCGGCCAUCCGUCACCUUCACCGACCCCUUCUUCAUCAUCGAGACCACCUGCGUCAUCUGGUUCACCUUCGAGCUGAUCGUGCGCUUCUUCGCCUGCCCGAGCAAGUCCGAGUUCUCCAAGACCAUCAUGAACAUCAUCGACAUUAUGUCCAUCAUGCCUUACUUUAUCACGGUGGGCACGGAGCUGGCGGAGCAGCAGGGCCAGGAACACCAGAACGGCCAGCAGGCCAUGUCGCUGGCCAUCCUGAGGGUCAUCCGCCUGGUCCGGGUCUUCCGGAUCUUCAAGCUCUCGCGGCACUCCAAGGGGCUGCAGAUCCUGGGUCAAACCCUCAAGGCCAGCAUGCGGGAGCUGGGUCUGCUCAUCUUCUUCCUCUUCAUCGGGGUCAUCCUCUUCUCCAGCGCCGUGUACUUUGCGGAGGCCGACGAACCGGAGUCCCAUUUUUCCAGCAUCCCGGACGCCUUCUGGUGGGCAGUGGUCACCAUGACGACAGUGGGCAGCCUGAAGGACGACCACAGCGGGGGGGCGGAGAGCCCAGAGGUGAAGCGCAAAGGCAGCAGGACGUCGGUGAAGUCUCAGGAUGUGGAGAAGAACGAGUCCGACGGCGCUUCGGUGGAGAAGGCGAACAUUAAAGCCAACAGCAGCAUGGACUUCAAGAAAUCCCUUUACGCGUUUUGUCUUGACACGCGGGAGACGGACCUGUAGCCCCGCCGGGUCGGGCUCCUUCUGACCCAUGAACUCGGUUCUGAUUAAAACUUUCCUCCCACAUCCAUCAGUGCGUGCAUGCAGCAGAGAGGCCCUUUAAACCUGCAGGAAAACAUGAACUCUGCAGGCUGCAAGAUGAAUUAGUGGGAAAUGGGACAUCAGGCCUCAGAAGAGGAUAAUCAGGGACAAUCAGGACUCGGGAUAAUUACUGGACAUGGCGGUGGAUUAACCACACUCUCUGUACAUAAUGUAGGAAGAGAGAGGGGAAAAAUACUUUAUUACUUCCUACACUUAGUCAUGAUGUUUACAUCAAGCAGAUGUGUACAUAUUCCCCACAUCAAGCUGGAAAUUUUUGGAUUUGGUGUUAAUUUCUUCUCUUUUUUUGGAAGGAUAAAAGUCUAUUUUUGAGAUGCAGACACUCAGGUUUUAUGGAAGAGCUGAAAUAUUUUUUUUCUAACUGAGAGUGGACCUCAGCCUUGUCGUUUGUGUCCAAUUCGUUUAAAUUAAAGAACUUUUUAUUUGCGAGGGGGGAAAUAAUGGACAGAAAACAAAAAACAGGAACCAAGAAGAGACGACAGAGCAGAAAGGAUGUGGAGGAAUCAAUCCUGAAACCAGAGAGUCGAAGCCCUGCCCUCCGACCAUCAGGGGAGUCGAUCGGACCGCAGGAACAGAACCAUCUUCCAGUCAGCAUCAACAUUCCUGUUCUUGGAUCUCUGUGCCUUCAACCAAAACUCAUCCUGUGUUUUUGGGUUUUUACUCUCUUCCCUUGGAGCAGCUUUUGGAUGAUUUUAUUUUUCUUCCUGACGGAUGAAGGAGGGCCUGGGAAUCGAGCUGCUGUCUGUCUGUGGAAACGAAGAAAAAAAUCAAUCAAACACAUCCAGGAUUUUCAUCUUUGGAUCGUUUUAAUGUGUUUCUUUUUUCUACAAAUCGUGUCAGUGAUUUACUUCCUAUUGAAGGAAAUCCCUCGCUGUGCAAUAUAAGUCCAUAUUUCUGUGAAGUUGUCAUGUGGAUGUAGAAUUUGGACAAACAUUUUGGUUUAUUUUUGUAAUGAUGUUUUUCUGAUUUCUAUUUUUCUAAAACAAUGUGAGACAGAUGAAGGGGGAAAAAAUAAGAACAAUUUGAACGGAUGCUUGGAUAUUGUUUUUCCUCUGAUAUUCCCCCUUCCAAAGCCAUCAGAGACGAUGCAUUCAGGGUCACACAGUCUGGGACGGACACAGCAGCUCUUCUCAACUGGAGCUACUUUUAAAGUGAUGUCUUCUGUAAGUUCAGGCGCCUAAAUCUGAGGUGUUUAGUAUUCCCUACCGUUGUGUGGCCUGUUUUUCUUGCUGUCCUUUUGUACCUACAUAUCAAUCAGGAAAUGGGAAGUCAGAAAAAGGAACGAGUUCGUUCUCCAGAAAAGAUGGAAAACACUCUGAGUUCUCAAACAGAGUCUAAAGUAAAUGAUAAAAAGCUUGAAGCUGAGUUUAAACCGCAAUUAUUUUAAUAUUUCUAUUAGGUUUUUAACUCACUCACAAAUUAACAAAAAUAUUUAAAAACAUGUUAUCACUUUCCUGGAAUUUCCAUGUUGCUUUCAUAAAUACUUAAAGUAAUUUCCUGAAAGAGGGUACUUUACAAAAACUUGAAGGUUACAUUCAUUGAAAUUAUUAAAGACCUACAUUUCAGUUAUUAACAUGCUUUCUAGUAAUAUUCAAUUGCAUUUCAAAAUGUACUAUCCUAAAACUUGGGCGUUUCUGCCCUGAACUUGUAAGUUACUUUUCAGUAACAUGUCAUUUUCUUUAAGGUAACAUGUAAGUUACAAGAAAAUAUUAUGUAAGCAGCAGGUAAAAAACGAAUAAAUAGCCUCAUUAAGUACAUUUUGAGUUGUUGGAACAUGCACUUAAAGUUCUAUAAGGUUUAGAGAACGUAACAUGAAAUCCUGGUUCUUCCCUUUAAGAUACAGUAAAGUAAUCAACAUUCCCAUGAUAAAUAACCUAAAAAAUCCCAUUAAAGUGGCCUGAAAGUGCCAGGAAAGUAAUAAGUAAAUUCUUGAAAUCUGUAGAAAACACCAUUUAAGAUUCAAGGAAAUAAGCAGUGGUGGGCAUUUAGCUUAUUUCAAAUCGUUUAGCAAAUUUAAUUUCCUCUAAAUUCUGAAGAGCGAAUUUACUUGGUUGUUUUAGUGAACUUUGAGUUGAAUAAACUGAAUUGACAUGUCUUGAUGUUUUGGUUAUCGACUGUUAAGAAUUCUUCAAGUAGUUAGCAAUACUCAACAACUAUAAAAUUUAAAACAUUAGUGAAAUAUCUGCCUCAAAUAAUCUCUUCCAGAAGUAAAACCGAAUACGUAAGUGUGCAAAAACAAAUUUGUCCCAACAGAGGGUGACGUGUUAUGUUGUAACAUAUUAUGUCAACAUAUUAACAUGGUUGAAUUUAACGCUAGCAGCAUUAGCUUCUGCUAAAUACUAUUGACAGUGCUUCAACAUUAGCAGACCUAAUGUUUAUGAUUAGUGCUUUAGAUUUAGUGCCAUAUGGUUUUAUGAACAAAAGUUCUUGCACUGAAGUGAUUUUUUUUUCAUUUUCUGUUUCAAUAGUUAUGCUAGCAGUUUACAUUUUGAUCAGAUGCAGAUUAACAUGCAAAGACAGUGAAGGGGGGGCAUGUAAAACAUCUGUGCGAAUAGCCCUCCACUAUGUGGGUCAUGUUUCUGCUCAUAAUGGAACAAUACUCAAACUUUAUUCAGUUAAUCUGUAACACGUCUUCCACAGAAUGGAAAAAAGGAAGCUUUUUAAUCUAAUACAACAUGACAGAGAAAAUGAGGUUUGAUUGGCAGCUAACAUUAUUUUAAAAAUCAAAGCAAUUUCCAUUAAAAGGGCUCUGUUUGAGAAUUUCCUCCUGUUCUGUUGCUUAUCUUCUGUUUUCUGCACGUAUAAACUGAGUUCCUUGUCUCCUUGAUGCUGCUAUCCAUGUCCUGUGUAGAUCGAUGUUCAGCCUAAGUCCUGGCACAACAUCCUCUGUUAGUGCUCCUACGUUUUUACUGGAUCCAUUGAACUGAUCAUGAAAUCAAAUCAAUCGAUCCAUGGGAAUUCUGGUUCAGUUUGUGGCUCCAGUGAAGCAAAUUCAGAGAUGUAUAUUUAUUUUUUGAGUAUAUCUUUGAGUGCCAAAGAUAUCCCUUUGGCACCAAAGGGAUAUAUUUGGUGCCAAAGAUAUCCCUUUGGCACCAAGUGUACAUGGGCAUUAAAAUGUACAGUAAUUUGGUAAACUGCUGUAGGACCUUAAGAAUUAUAUGGAACAUCCAUAAACUCAGGGGCCAAUGUAAUAUUAUUCUCAGUCAGAGCAUAAGUUAGAAAAAAAGCCAAAUAUAUUCAAAACAUUCAACAUUUUAUGUGCUAUAAACAAACUUUCAUCAACAUGCAACUUUGAGGGGUUUUUAUUAUCUUGUUUUCUUGAAUAUGAAAAGAUAGUUUAAAAGCCACCAAUUGAGACUGAUGCUAAUGUGCAAAGGCAAAAACCUCCAAGGACUCGACAGAGGUCCUACAGAGAUAACUCAGAUUACAGAGAUUCAGAAACAGGACAAACCUGGUCCUCUAAAAGCUGGAUCCUUUGUAGGCCAGUCCUUCGUCAUGUGGAUAUAUACUGUACAUCAGCUGUGUGCAUAUUUCAUGUAGGAUACAUUCAAUCUAUCACCACCUAAAUCUGACUGUGACUGAAGUAUGACGUGCUCCACCAAACCGGUUCUUUCUUAGCACUGGUGGUUUUUAAGUUCCCACCUUGUCUGUCACUGUGGCAUUGGUUUAAUACCAAGACUGUUCACAAACAGAACACAAAAGAGUGGCAAUCAAAGUGAUGAAAAAUCAUGGACUGUUUCUCAAUAAUAAUGAGAUAUAUGGUGUUAAAAAACACAGUUAACUGAGUCACAAUUCAGGAACUUCAUCCUCCAAAACAUUGACCUUUCAAAGGAAUUGCCAUCAAAAAGAUUAUUCCUUUCAAAGCUUAGUCCUCUCAAUGAACAGGUCUAUUUUGUGACAGGUUCUCCGCAUCCAGGGUUUUAAGUCCAAGGUUUGGCAAAGAAACCUAGGAUUUCAAAGGUCAAAGCCCAAAAAAAGAUGUUACAUUUUAAACAUCUCUCCAUAAGCCUGGCCCUCUAAAGGUUUGAUCCCCCAAAGGGCUGGUCCAUUGUCACAUGACUUUAUCUUUGAGCUGUAUUGCCUUGACAUAGAGAACAUAAUUUAUUAUAUAUCACUGCCUAAUUCAUACUGAGACCUGUGUAUUUUAGGAAAUUGGGGGGUUUCCACAAACUGCUACAACUGCUUUCCGUUUCCACCAACUUUGGCUCUGAUUUUAUAAUGGCAUUAAAUAGACCAUUAAUAAACAGUGAAAGUCAGAGUGAUGGGAACUUAACAAGAUGUUUCUCAAAACCAAGGACAUCGGCUUUAAUGUUGAGACAUGAUGAUGAGCUGGACCUGAUUUCAAGAGGUUAAUUCUCAAAAUGGCAAAUUCUUCAAAGGUCUUGCCCAAAAGAUGAUGCCUGCAAAAGCUGAGUGCCCCUAAAGAUGAGUCAUGGCAUUUUCAUUGCAUGAUUAACUUUAAGAAAAUCCAGACUGCAUCAAGCAUCAAGGAGGGCCACCAAUCACAUCGAUGUGAUAGUAAUCUGUGUAAUCUAGUAAUAUGGCUUUCAACCAUCUGGAUUAUAUUUGUGUCUGUCCGUGUAUGUGUGUGGGUGGGUGAGUGUAUGUGUACAAAUAAUUUGUGUUGAGAUGGUGUAUGUGAAUGUGCCAUCUGAACUUAAACGAUCAGGCCAAGAAGGGCACAUUACUGUCCCCCCUGGUGAGAUAGCCCCUAAGAGGUCAAGAGGGAGGGAUGUCCACCAGUGUCCUGAGUGGGCCUUGUGGACCAUGGCUGGCCUGUCACAUUCUCUGGAGCCAUAGCCCACACAGCAGGAGCCCACCACUAUGGGUGUGACCCACACAAGCAAGCCUUCCCAGCCUCAAUGGUGCUGCCAAUGAUCUCAGGCCACCCUACAUCCCCAUCCAACACCAAAUCAGAACAUGCCUGUCACAUGGGCAGGUGCAGAAAAGGCUUUCUUAGGUGCAAUACAAUUGGGGUUGUGGCUGAGGUGUGUGACACUCCACUACUUGCUGACUUCAGAGACUCCCCAAUCGCAGAGCCCUAAUUGUUUGCAGUAUACUAAAACUGUAUUUUAGUAUACCGUUUUACUGUACAGGAUGGGGUCAAACAUUGUAGAGAGGGAAGCACUCUACCAAUGCUUGCAAGACCCAUCGUCCCAUUAAGAUCCUUCUGAAGUGUGGCAUUGAGAGAAGGUGCUGGUACGAGUCCCAUUGGGAGAUGGGUCCUUCAAAAGAUAUAUCCUCCUACUGACACCCCCUCCAUGAAAUGAGUUAUUAGAAGGACAAAAAGUUAAAACCCUGUCCUGUGAAUAACUGAUCCAACAAACAUUAAGCGCAGUGAGGGGUUGUGCCUCUGAAGACCUUCGAGAGCUAACAGCCAGUUGUAAGUUAAACUGGUGAUUUGCUUUUGGUGCAAAACCUCCUCAGUUGGCAAUGCUUUUAUUUCAUUGUUGAUCGAUUGAUCAUUGGCUCUGCAACACAUCCAGCAGUUUCAUGAAAUCCAGAGUCUAAAGAUAAAGCCUUCUUGUUUACAUGUAGAUGUCUUGUGUUGUAUUACAUUUAGAUAUAAAAUUAAAACUUUCCAACAAAAACGUUUUAGUUUAGGUGAUGUCCAUCAACAGUUGUUGGAGAAAUCUGCUUCACUGCACACAUUUUUCUGUCGUCAUACUAAAAUAAACCUUAAGAAAAACAGACAGCGGAAUCCACAAACUUGGCUGCUUCAAAAGAUAUAUUUUCAGUUUGUAGACUCAUCUGCUCAGUGUACAUUUCCUUCUGCAUGAAUUUAUGUGGAUCCUUCCUCAACGUUCAGAUCCACCUGAAGACAUUGUGCUCGGCCUUCAGUCGUUUUUCAUCUUCCUAGCGGAUCUCCAGGUACCUUCACUGACAACAUCCCUCCUGAAAACAAAGUUGCCAAACUUCUCUGAAGAAGCCAAACGUCUCUGUGUGUAUCAGUGGUUUUACGUGUUUCACAUCAUCCUGUUAAUGUUUCAUUGUGUUUUUAACUGCAACAAUCCUGUUUGUUACGUUGUUGGUCAUAUAUGCAGAAGAGUUAUCAAAUAAACUGAAAUAAACUCUUAAGACUCA